AUGUGCUGGAUGUGAACAUUCGGUACAUAGUUGAGACGCCGAGGAAUGUAAUUUUGCACGAACCUCUAACUCAGGCAGUGCAGGAGAUACAUGAUGAGUUCUUGGGAUGGACUCACGGUGCAUGAGUCGACUACUAGUUGAUGCAAUUAAGAAGGAUAUCUGGGCAGUAGUUGGAGUGACACUUUUUUACGUCGUUGCGGCACAGAUGUGGAACGAUGAACCAUCCUCGACUUCUGCUUUUAACAUCAAGUGGUGGGCGUGGCGGACCCAGCUUAAUAAGGAGACCAGGAGAGGUGCCAUUAAGCGACGAAAAUCCACUAAAGAAACCAGCAGAGGUGUUGAGGCUGAGCGGCAUAAGCAGAGAUACGCUCUAACAACUAUGUCUGCAGAAGAAACUCGCUGUAAAGCUGAUGAACUCUGGAAGAAGAACAGAAGCAACAACUUCUUUCCACUUCCUUGCUUAUAAUACUCAUGAUUACCACCCGCCUAGUGAGCUGGAAGAGAUGUGCUUAAGAGGAGGGAGCGAGAAAGUGCAGGACAAGAACGGUAGCAAAACAGCGCGGCGUUCUAGAAGCAGCGACUUCGUCUGCUUUAUAUUCUAGCACUUUGGACGUUCACUUCUCUCAAAGUCGACCCUGAACAACGAAGCUUGUGUGACCUGGAGACUUUCUUGAUCAAGAUGUUGCGUCGGGAAGUGAAGAAGCGCGCACCUUCGCAGAGCUGCAUUCAUGAAAGUAUGUCGUUUCCGUUUUUGAUUUCUAGUCUUGCACGACAGCGAGAAGAGCUCAGCUCUCGAAUGAUCUAGAAGGGGCUUCGCCAUUAUAUGUGCGCUACACAUUAUAGCUCUUUUUUAAGGCAAUACUCGCAGGUAUAUGUUGCAGCGUUGGCACUGCUCGACGGAGUUUCAAUCACGUAGUUCUUGUUUCUUUUAUCAUUUUUUGGAGCAUGAUUGGUGGUCCUUCUCAGGGUACGUUCACCUGACGUUGCAGGUUUUUCCUGAAGGGCCGCUGCCCACUAGAGUAUGAAACUCUUUGCUUAGGUGAAUAGCCGCUCAGCUUAUGAUCAUCAUUGGUAGAUGUUGUUGACUCCCACCCACGACCUCAUCUUGAAGACCCAUUACCUUGGCCUCAAGCUUAACGUGACUAAACGUGCUCAAUAGAAAACCUUCAGAAUAAAGAAACGCUAUAAAAAAUUUAUAAUGAUACAGCAAAAAAAUGAUAAAACAAC